ACUCCGGAUCAGUGCUUCUUGAUGCGGUGACAAGAGAUUUCCAACCAUAAAGACGUUAUCUUAUCCAGAUCGACAAUGUUAAAACGUGUUCACUCGCACAUUAAGUCUCGAAAGCCCGCAUUUCUGGAGGUGAGCCUAUCAGCGACCCAAAGAAGUAAGAGCUUAACCCAAAUCGACUGCCUGGAGAAACCUAAAAUUGCCGCCACUGAACUUAACAUGAACAAUAACCCGAAAAUGACGGCGAGAUUGGAUCAUUUCACAGUCUCCUUAGAAAUGUUUGAUGAACCCACAGUCGAGAAAAUACCUGCUACCAGUGGAGUGUGUUUGCGAGAAGUGGUCAAGGACCUUUUGGCGAAACGAGGUCUCGAGCUCGAUGUCCAGAAUGUCUCGGCCUUCCUGGACUCCUCCAACACUCCUCUUCCGGCAGAUGGAGAUUGCUUUCUCUUUGGUGGCAAACACCUUCGUAUACGAGCAAAAAAUAAUUCACACGCAAAUGUCAUUGCUCAAGAGAGUACUACUGAAAGUGUCUGUGGCGGAGCGUGUUGUGGAGACUGGAAUAGACAAGAUACAUCAAGAAAGUUUUGUGGAAUUCAAAACGGAGGACGUAAGAUGGAUGACAUGAGUGACACUAGUCAAGCUCGCCUUACAACAACAACUCUAGAGUCUUCUUUUAAAUCCUCUAGGGGUCGCUCGACUCACAGCAGGAAAUCUGGGAUAUUUUCCAACACUUCCAAAACUACGGAGAGGAAACGUAUUGAUCUAAUUUAUAGAAUGGUAACGAAGAGGUAA